AUUAGUUUCCAAACCAAAAAGUAAAUAGCUUUUAUCUUUGUUAGCUUUUUCAUUUGAUUAAUCAAUUCAACAAUCUAAUUGACUCAUUAGUUUUUUAAUAUCUUUUCUUUCUUUUCUUUGAUUCGGUGAAACAAACAAAGUUUAUAAUGAAUUGUGAAGAAGCAAUUGCUGCUUUUAAAAGUGAAGUUGAAAAUCUGAGAAAAAAUUUGCAACUGAAAAAUCAGUACAAUGAAGGACUACGAAAGCAAAUUAUAGAGGUUCGGAAAAAUAUACGCUCUAUCACUGGAAAUGUAUCCAGUAUGGGUGAGAUCAAGAAAAAUCCAGCCGAUUUGGUCCAUCAAAAUAUUGUUCAGGUGGUCAAGAAAUAUGAUGAAGAGAUUUCUCCUAAAGUUGGUCAAUUGCGAGAGAUGAAAACUAAACGCGUCAAUCAAUUCAUCACUAAAUUGAAUAUGACUGUGGAGACAUUCAACCAAAUGGUCGCUUAUACAAUUACUUUUGAUAAAUUCAUGGAGAAAAGGAAAAAUGAAAACUCUAAUAAUGAAAUGGUUACAAAGAAAUCAAUGUGAACAGAAAAUAUACAAAAUGAAUACAAUACAUAGAAUAAAUCAAAGAGUGGAAUUUAAACAAACCGGUAACAGGCAGCG